AUUGAUCAUUGGUUGGAGGGUUUCUGGGUUCUCCGUUUCAGUUGCGAGGAAAAAUCGUGCGAAUUCGCAACGCGCUCCCCAUUUUUUCCUCAAAAUAAGAAAUUUCUUUUUCCACAAAGAAAAAAAACACAUCUUCAGUGCAAGUUGACCCCACAGAGAGCCCCAUUUGUGACGCAAUAUUUUGGAAAAUAUCCUGAAAAAGGGGGUACAGAGUGUGCUAAAAACAAGUUGUGUUGGAGCUUCCGCGGAAUAGAAAGAAAAACGUGAAGCAAAUGGUGAAUGUGGAGCAGUUUCUGUGAAAUUUCCCUUCCAUAUUUCGUGCUAGAAAACACCUUUUUACCCACCUAAGCCCCACAAUGUGGAUUUUGGGGCGAUAGUUGGUGGUUUUUGGAUGCAACGUAGUGCGCCCCAGUGGACAAAAGUGCUCCCCCGAGUGGCUCCUUUUUGCUUUUCAUUUCAAAAGCGCCCCAAAGUGCGUCGCUGUGCGAGGAAGACGACGUGAACGUAGCAAAGAGCAAAAAAGAAGCAGCAGCAACGGCACCAAUCUCAAGGCGGAUUACUCAACAACGAGCUCCUGCCAUCUCUCUCGCACCACCUUGCCACAACACAGACUCUUCAGCGAGCUUCUACAAUUAAUUUAUUUUUCUUACUAAAAAAAUGAGUUCAACGGUGGCUGCAGCAGUUGAUGUUGCCGACAGUAUUCUGAAUGGAUCCACAAGUAGGACGAAUCAUUUUGUGACGCGGGCAGAACCAGCCUCUGCAUCAAUGGCCAUGGACCCACUCAGUCAUGUUGGUGAUGGUAUCUUCCUGCAGACGAAGACAGCCCAAGGAAUAGCGGGCGCCUUCGUGUGGGUGGCCCUUUUUCUCACGUGUCAACAGAUCUACCAACACCUGCGGUGGUACACAAAUCCCCAGGAGCAACGUUGGAUUGUGAGGAUUCUCUUUAUUGUUCCGAUUUAUGCAACAUACUCCUGGAUAAGUUUAUUGUUCUUCAAUUCGGAGAGUGUUUAUGUUUACUUCUUCACUGUACGUGAUUGCUACGAAGCUUUCGUCAUCUACAACUUCCUUUCGCUGUGCUACGAAUAUUUGGGUGGUGAGGGAAAUAUAAUGUCAGAGAUCCGCGGGAAGCCAAUAAAAUCAUCAUGCCUCUACGGAACUUGCUGUUUAUCCGGGAAAACCUAUACUAUUGGAUUUUUGCGCUUUUGCAAGCAAGCAACCCUCCAAUUUUGCCUCGUAAAACCCCUCAUGGCAUUCAUCAUAAUCUUUUUGCAAGCUUUUGGACAUUAUCACGAUGGUGAUUGGAGUGCCGAUGGUGGUUACAUUUACAUCACAAUAAUCUACAAUAUCUCCGUUUCAUUGGCACUUUAUGGGCUGUACUUGUUCUACUUUGCCACGAAGGAUUUAUUGACACCCUUUGAGCCCGUUCUUAAAUUUUGCACGAUUAAAUCGGUGAUUUUCCUUUCCUUCUGGCAAGGUGUGGGCUUAGCCAUUCUCGAGAAGGCCGAAGUUAUUUCACCCAUUGUCGAUAGCGAUGGUGCUACCACAUCCGCGGGUACAGUGUCAGCGGGCUAUCAGAACUUUUUCAUUUGUAUUGAAAUGCUUUUUGCUGCCGUGGCCCUUCGGUAUGCAUUCCCGUAUCAAGUUUACGCACAGGGAUGCAUGACAGAUUCACACGGGAGGUCCGUUACAAUGCAAUCAAUCUCAAGUAGUCUCAAGGAAACUAUGAAUCCAAAGGACAUCAUGACGGAUGCCAUCCAUAAUUUCCAUCCGCAGUACCAGCAGUACACGCAGUACAGUUCAGAAGUAACAUCAACGCAACGCUACGAGAAGCUGUAAAAAUGUUUAAAAAAAAACAGACACAAUUUUUGAAUAAAUAUUCUCUUCUAAAUCUUGAAGAUAAGAUUGAAAAAAAAAAAAGAAUUACCUUUUAGUCACACAAACACUCUGUUUUAGGUGUUUUCUCUUACCUGAUUUUCUCUAUAUUGACGAUGCUAAAUAUGAAGAAAAACAAAUUUAGCAAUAACUUUUACUUUUUUUCUUGUGAGUGAUUUAUUAUUUUUAUUCUUGAUGUAUUUUUUUCUGAGAUUUAUGUGUAAAGAAAAAAACAUUUCUAAUUUUCAAAUAAUUGUUGUAAUUCUCUGUAAAAAAUAUCAGAUGUGGCCUUAAAAAUUUUUGCACCUUUAAGCUUAAGCGAUUAAAUUAAAACUUUCCAGAAGAUUUUUUUUUCUAAAAACUUUUGUGAUAGUGAUUUUUAAUUUAUAGAAAUAAAAAAAAAUUAGAAUGAAAGAGUUAUCAAGAAAUAAACACUCUAAUGUUGUGAAAAUGAGUUUUCUCUAAAGCUAGGUGAAAAUAUGCAGAAGCAAAAAUAAAAAAAAAGAAAAUAAUUUAAUUUAUUGAAAGUAAAAAAAAAACAAACUAGAAAAUUUCAAGAAAUUCUUAAAAACAUUCUAUAUUUGCGUGCUAAAUGAAUUAUUUUCUUAUAAAGUGAAUGAAAAAAUGAAUCAAUAAAAGUUUCUGCAUGUCUCUCUUCAAUUAAUUUCCUUUCACUACUGCAAAAUAUUGGUUUUAUUAAUGAAAAAAAAAUAAUGAAGUAGGUAUGCAAAAUAUUAAUUAAAAGCAACAAUUUUUAUAAAUGGUACUAUGGGUUGUAAAUUGAUUGAAAAAAAUCCGGGGAAGAAAGAGAAGGCAAAAAUUAAGCACUUUCCAUUUAAUUUAAUUUCAAUUUUUUCCUGUAAAUAGCAUAUUCCUACAUUUUUCUCGUAUUAUAAUUUUUUUAAAAUAUUCUUUGUGUUAUUUUCAAAUAUAUGGAAAAGAAUAAAAAAGAAAGAUAGUUACAAACAUUUCUUUUUAAAAUAAUGCUACAUUUUUUAUGCAUGUAAUUUCCCUACAUAAAUGUACUUAUUUUUAAAUAUGUAUUUUAAGAAAAUUAAAAAUUGAGAUGCAAAGUGAAAUAUUUGAUAUUCCGUUUAUUAUUAUUUUUUCUUUAAAAUUCGUGAUUUAUUUCUUUUGAAAAAAAAACUACCUAUUAAGUGAAAAAUAUAUAUUUUAUUAUAGAUAGAAAGCAGCAUUAAAUUCUUUGUACUUAUUAUUAUUAUUUUUUGUAUUUAGUUAGGGGAUGCAGAAAAAAAAUCAUGUAAUUUAGAUGAAAUAGAAAUUAAAUUAUCUUUACUUA